GCCCCCGCCCCGCCCCCUGCCUCUACCUGAGCACCUGCCCCGCGCGCCCCACCUGUCCCGCUCAGGUAGCGGCGCGUCGGGCAGCAGCGGGCCGGGCAGCGUGCAGGGGAGGCGGGGUCAUGGCGGAGUCUCAGCUGCUCUGCCUGGACGACGAGCACGUGAACGAGAAGGUGCCGGAGUCCAGGCCCGAGUUCUACUACAGCGAGGAGCAGCGCGCCGCGCUGGAGCAGCUGCUGCGCGGCGGCGACGGCGCCUUCAAGAUGCGCCUGCGCGAGGACAACGCCAAGGACUUCCUGUCCGCACGCGAGGUGCAGUGCGUCCGCAAGACCUUCCGCGAGUACGACGCGGCCGGCGACCCCGAGGCGGCGGAGCGCGACAGGGCCAAGGAGGCGUCGAGCGCGGACUCCGGGGUCCACUCCACCUACUGGCCCGAGAUGUCCGACACCGAGGUGCCGUCGCUGGACAUCGGCUGGCCCGGCGGCGGCGGCGGCCUGUACAGGGGGGUGACCCGCGUGUCCGUGUUCACCCACCCGCCCAAAGAGCCAGGGCCGCACAUCAGGGAGGUGGUGAGGAGGCUGGUGCAGGAGGCGCACAAGGUGGUGGCCAUCGUCAUGGACCUGCUGACGGACCUGCAGAUCCUCCAGGACCUGCUGGAUGCCUCGUCGCGGCGCGGGGUGGCCGUCUACGCCGUGCUGGAGGCCAAGGGAGUGCCCCACUUCCUGGACAUGUGCGCUCGGCUGCAGAUCAACGCGGUGCAUCUGCGGAACCUCCGUGUGCGGAUGGUGACGGGUGCGGGACUCGCCCUGUCCUUCGGAAAACUGCCCGGCUCCUUGUGCUCCAAGUACAUGCUGGUGGACGGAGACAAAGUUAUGUUUGGGUCUUACAGCUUCACCUGGAGUUCCUCUCGGAUCGACAGGAACACGAUCACAGUGAUGUCGGGACAAAUUGUGGACUUCUUCGAUAACGACUUCAGGGAGCUGUACGCCGUGUCGGAGCAGGUGGACCUCUACGGAGAGUUCAACAUCACCAAGCCGCCGAUCGCGACGCCCGUCAGGAAGGUGGAGAAAGUCCCACAUCUGCCCGUCUCCACGUCUCGCUUUCAGAUAUCGGUCGACGACUCCAGGCGGAUCGACAUGAAGGGGCCGGCUCAUAAAUACCACAACCCCAAGUACUCUCUGGUCUUCGGGAACAGGAUGGGCCUCACGGGUUCCCUACAAGACCUCUCGACGCCGGGCGACUCGCUGGUCGGCCUGAACCAGAGGAACGGCCUGCAGAGCAGCUUCCUUCACGCCGGCAGCAACGGCACGGACGCGGUGGACCGAGUCUCACCGAAGAGUCCCUGCUCACCCACGGAGGAGGAGGGGGAGGAUGGAAAGGGAGGCGCGAAGAAGAACCCGUCGCCUGUCACGAAAAAAACGCGCAGCUCCUUCAGGCACUUCUUAAAAGGCAGGGGAGCCAAUCAGAGCACAGAGACUAUAGAGGAGGGCGUGGUCACUCCCCAGACCCCCUCGCCCGCCUGGAAGGUGUCCAACACCAACGGCAUCGGAGGACACGAGCUGGAGGACUCCUUCGAGGUCAUUGAGAGACCGGGACCGCUGAAAUCCAAAACCAAGAACCCGUCCAAGCUCAUCCAGAGGAGCUUGUCUCUGCAGACCAUCAACACGGGAGACGACGACGACGGACUGAAGAGUCGGCGGCGGCACCAGAAGAAGAACUGCAUCCAGUCCUGAGACCAGGAACAAGCGUCCGGUCGUCGGGGCUUUUCAACAGCAGCUGGAGGAUCUGACUGUUAAACAUUACACAACACCGCGUCACCUGACGGUAACCAGGCAACGUUACCUGACAAGAGCCGAGGGCCGCCCGCUGCGAUUGGCCCCGUUUCAACGCUUCAGUCUCGGGUGAAAGUCGCCGGCCGCCUGGUGGGAAACGCUCGACUGAGCUUCUCACCUCGUGGCCAAAAGUGCUGACGGAGGAGAUUUCAAAAGCCAUUUUUUGUAAUGAAUCAUUCUACAGUUAAGUGUUUUUUGGGGGUUUUUUUACAUUUGACACUUGAACCUAAACGCAGCAGAAGCCGUGGCGUUGCCCAGGUAACGAGGGCCUCUCGUUGCCGUGGAGGCAGGAGAAGUGAUGAGCCGAGUGGUCGCCCCCCCGAGUUUCACCUUACAGGCGACGCUGGCGAACAGAAGCAGCGUUGUACAGGAUGUGGACAAUGUUGCGUCGACUCUGAAAGAGGAUUUGUGUGUUGCACUGUGGGAUUGUUUGUUUUUGUAUCUAGAAGAAAUUAAAAUUGAGAAUCCUUGAGAAAAACACUUGAGAUGCAAAUCAUCACUUGUUUUGCAGCAUUUAAAAAAUGAAUAAAGUUUUUUUUUUAAAAAUAUUAUAAUAAAUAAAAACUGGUUUGUUUGA